AUGAAGGUUGUGUUUAUUUCUGGUGGUGGAGGAGGCGGCCAGCGGCCUGCACACGCCUCCAACACUAACACUGCUUGGAGGCUACGGCUGUGGACGACGCCAGCGCCAGCUGUGGACGACGCCAGCGCCAGCUGUGGACGACGCCGGCGCCAGCUGUGGACGACGCCAGCGCCAGCUGUGGACGACGCCGGCGCCAGCUGUGGAAGACGCCAGCGCCAGCUGUGGACGACGCCGGCGCCAGCUGUGGACGACGCUGGCGCCAGCUGUGGACGACGCCAGCGCCAGCUGUGGACGACGCCAGCGCCAGCUGUGGACGACGCCGGCGCCAGCUGUGGACGACGCCAGCGCCAGCUGUGGACGACGCCGGCGCCAGCUGUGGACGACGCCAGCGCCAGCUGUGGACGACGCCGGCGCCAGCUGUGGACGACGCCAGCGCCAGCUGUGGACGACGCCGGCGCCAGCUGUGGACGACGCCAGCGCCAGCUGUGGACGACGCCGGCGCCAGCUGUGGACGACGCCAGCGCCAGCUGUGGACGACGCCGGCGCCAGCUGUGGACGACGCCAGCGCCAGCUGUGGACGACGCCGGCUGUGGACGACGCCGGCGCCAGCUGUGGACGACGCCAGCGCCAGCUGUGGACGACGCCAGCGCCAGCUGUGGACGACGCCGGCGCCAGCUGUGGACGACGCCGGCGCCAGCUGUGGACGACGCCGGCGCCAGCUGUGGACGACGCCGGCGCCAGCUGUGGACGACGCCGGCGCCAGCUGUGGACGACGCCGGCGCCAGCUGUGGACGACGCUGGCGCCAGCUGUGGACGACGCCGGCGCCAGCUGUGGACGACGCCGGCGCCAGCUGUGGACGACGCCGGCGCCAGCUGUGGACGACGCUGGCGCCAGCUGUGGACGACGCUGGCGCCAGCUGUGGACGACGCCGGCGCCAGCUGUGGACGACGCCGGCGCCAGCUGUGGACGACGCCGGCGCCAGCUGUGGACGACGCCAGCGCCAGCUGUGGACGACGCCGGCGCCAGCUGUGGACGACGCCGGCGCCAGCUGUGGACGACGCCGGCGCCAGCUGUGGACGACGCCGGCGCCAGCUGUGGACGACUCCGGUGCCAGCUGUGGACGACGCCGGCGCCAGCUGUGGACGACUCCGGCGCCAGCUGUGGACGACGCCGGCGCCAGCUGUGGACGACGCCGGCGCCAGCUGUGGACGACGCCGGCGCCAGCUGUGGACGACUCCGGUGCCAGCUGUGGACGACGCCGGCGCCAGCUGUGGACGACUCCGGUGCCAGCUGUGGACGACGCCGGCGCCAGCUGUGAACGACGCCGGCGCCAGCUGUGGACGACGCUGGCGCCAGCUGUGGACGACGCCGGCGCCAGCUGUGGACGACGCCGGCGCCAGCUGUGGACGACUCCGGUGCCAGCUGUGAACGACGCCGGCGCCAUCUUGCCGCUCCAGGACCACUUUCCCGCCUCACACCCCGCCGAAAACUUAGAAAGAAUACAGUGA